AUGAGAAUAUCGACAACGUCCGCGCUCGCUCGUGUACGUGUCCUGUGUCCUUCAACUCAAUCCCGGCGCAACUGCAUUCUUUUCCUAGCCGCUGCAACUAUCCUACUGGCAAUAUUCCCGAUUGCCCGAGAGUUGCGCCCAUCCACUCAGCCAGCUGACUCGUGCCACCUCAUCGGCAUCAACCCCGCCGCGAAAGAGCUCUGGCAAUUUAGCACCCGCUCUCUCUGCCUCUCCUCCUCCAUUUGUCUCAACGCUGGGUAUCCGGGCGGUGCACUCUACCACGCUUCAAGCCUCUCUUCGACCAAGUGUCACGUCGAUAACCAGGACUUCUCCGCAACCAACGUCAAGUGGCCCUCACUUCUUAAUUCCACACAGCACACAUGCAGCGAUUUCCAAUACGGUUUCGUAUAUUGUGCUCAUGGGACUGACUUGCGCCGUGCCCUUCCAGUCUGUCCCAAAGUGCGGCCCUUGUCCAUAUCAGUCCUUCAAACAGCGAGAUGGUACGAGGACAUAUCUAUUCUUAUUCCUGAUUAUGCCUAUAGCCGGAACAUGUAUCAUUUUGCGAAUCCAGUCUUGGACUUGGUCCGUGUGGUUGAACAUUUGGAGGUAUUGCUGGACCGCUGGGGCAAAGAGAAUGUUCGCGGCCCGGGUGGUCUACCGUAUUUCAAGUCAAGAACUGCUCGAGUGAAGCAACUGCGCCUUUUUUUCCAAGGAUCAAAAAGCAUCCCUCUAGCGCACCGAUGGAAAAGGGAAUUCAUGCUCAUGUUGAUCCAAGACCGAAUGGAGCAGAGGGGAUUGAACGUGACCUUGUAUUUUCUCCCGGAUAUCGAUGAUCAAUCUGGGCAUCUUUGCUUUCGAAAUGCCUUGAUCAUGGGACGAAGGGGCCACUAUGAUGUGUGGCCAUUUCCUAAUUCAACCGAAGUACCUCUUGAUGGGUUUUCAGUGCCUGAAGAGGCUGUGUCGCUAAAGCGAACAGUCUAUAAAAACUUGGACAUCCGAACUCGUCUACCAAGUGCUCAUCACCAACAAGCAAAAACCGCGGUAUCUGAAGUCCCUCCACUUACUGUUGCAUACGCGAAGAGAGAAGGGAAACCAUCUUCCGACGGGCAUUAUAAAGCCGGAGCUAUGCGGAAAUUUUUUGACGACGAUGAAAAAUGGUUCGCCGACAUGCUGAAGAACGAAACAGAUGCAGCAGGCGCAAAGCUUGUAGUCAUAUCAGCGUCGUCGGCUCAGAACUUGACGACGCAGGUGAAAGACAUUUUCCAAGCCGGUUUCAUAGUUGGAAUCCAUGGUGCGAAUCUGGUGAAUUCCAUGUUCAUGCUACCGUUUGGUGUGUUAAUGGAAAUAUUCCCGAAUUCUGUCGAUCACAAAUGUUAUAUGGCGGGAUCCAAUUCCGGGCUUAAGUACUUGAGCUUCGAAGCAAGUGAGCAAGCAGGCGUUGUUGAAAGCGGGUGUUACUACAAAGACUCAUUCUGUAAGAGCGAUCCUCGACAGAGGCGAGUCAAGCUUGGAGCAAUCGCAGAUCGCACAAUGGUUCGAGAAUUGUUCAAAGAAGGCAUACAGCAUUUACUGCAGCUUCGGAGAAGGUUUCCGGAUGGGAUUCCAGUAAGAUACAAUCGCGGUACCAUGUAUUUCGAAAUUAAGGAGUCGGUGUGA